AUGCACGUCCGCAAUGAUGCUAGGAUGAGUAGUAGCGACCAACCUCAAGCGAGUAGUUCGGGCAGCAGCGGCAAACAGCCAGCAGAUCGCAUCCAGCCCAACCUCCGUUUCCAGCGCCGCAUCUCCGAACGGCACUACACAGAGGACUCCUACCGCGAGCGCACCCCGGUCAUGGAGUACCCCAGCGGCACCUCACCCUGGGCCUCGUCGCCAGAGGCAUCGAGGGCGGGCUCCAGCAACGACAUCCCGCACGAGGAUCUGCCUGGGCCAGCAUUCGCUGCGGGAGCUAUACCGGAGAGUGAUGAUGCGGCCUCGUCAGCAGCACAUGCGAACGGCGCACACGAGCAUGAGGGAGGAUGGACACCUGAGCAGCAACACCAAUGGCAGCAGCAGCAACAUCAAUCUCAGCAACAUCAACAGCACCAGUAUCAGCAACAUCACCAGCAAGGAUCUCAAGAAGAGAACAGGCGGCCAGCGCAGUCUCGAUACCACAAUGUGCCCCAGCAGCAACGGCAGCACCAGCCGCAGUACAAGCUGCAGGCCAAAAUCACUGGUCUGGAGCGGGCUGGCAAGAAAGACUCCAUUUUAAAGUUCGACGUCUAUGUACGCAACCGCUUCUAUGUUGUAAGGCAAGCUGAGCAGACUAAGCUGACAGUGCACCAGACCAAUCUCCCCAAGUUCAGAACCACCCAAUUCCGCGAUAUCCGCCGCACGCAUAGCGAGUUCCAGAAGUUCGCAUCCCACCUGAUCGGUGCGAAUCCAGAGGCUCUCGUGCCUGCUGUUCCACCGGCUUCGACAAGUGCCGGCCUUGGUACGGAAGAGGAUGAUAACCGUACUAAAGCUAAUAUGCAACGAUGGUUGAGUGUGGUUUGCUCGAACGACGUCCUUAUGAGGGACGAAGAGAUGGUAUUCUUUGUGGAGAGCGACUUCGGAUACAGCCCGGUGGCCAGGAAGAAGCAGCCUGCGACUGGCGUGAGAAGGAAGUACCUCAAGCAGUUCCAGCCUCCUCCGGACGAUACGCCAGAGCUGCUCGAGAGCAGACCGAUUGUCAAGUCGUUUUACCUCGGAUCGAUGGACGCUCAGCAGAAGGUGGACAAGGUGGUGAAGCAUAGACGAUCUCUCGGUGUGGCAGAGUCAGAUCUAGGCAUCAAGAUUCAGGCUCUUGCAAACAACGAAAUGCAUACCGGACUAGGCAAUGCAUACAAAAAGCUUGGAAAGGUUGUUCAGAACACCGGCGACUACCACGCAGCUCAAGGCACCGCCGAAGCCACAACCCUCGCUGAUCCUCUAGCAUACCACAGUAGCGACGCUUUCAUCGUAAAGGAGUCACUCACUAACAGACACAUUCUUCUCCGCGAACUCAUACAAGCACAACAGACCACUCGCAGCAAGCUCACGGCCGCUGAUCGUCUAAAGGCUAGCUCCAGUGUGAAGCGAGACAAGGUCGAUGAAGCAAUAUCUGCACUUGACGAAGCACGAAGUCACGAAGCAUACCUCCAGCAAAAGACACAACGCGUAACCCAGAACCUUCUCCUCGAAAAGCGCAAAUGGUUCAUGCGAACAGCAGCAGAACUACGGACAGGCAUUCGUGAAUACGUCAUCCGCGAAAUCGAAGCAGAACGCCGCACCCUCGCAACACUGGAACAGGUCAGACCGGACGUCCGCGCAAUCGACGCCUCGGGCGGUCUUAGCCGUCUAGGAAGAGAAGCACACCCCGCCGCUCGUCGCACUAGCAUGGCAUCGAGUCAAGGACCCAAGGGAGACGCGUGGUCAGGCGUACCGAGGAGACCUGAUGGCUUGAAUCGAAGCAUAAGUGGAAGCUGGCCCGCCGUGCCUGAGGAGGGAGAACGGAGUGCUGAGACGGGAGACGCAACGGGUAGAAGACGUGCGACGAGCGGUGCCAGCAGUCUGGGGCAAUUGUCGGAGGACGACGAUGAUGAUCGCAUCGAUGCGAGGAAUGCGGCGAGUCGUUUGGCGCAGACUACGUUCUAG